GAAAUCAACGGCUUUGAGAAGAGCUGUCCACAGUGCGAACAGAAGUCCGCCACUCUGUCUUUUCUCCCUCUCGUUGCCGCGCAUGCCCUAAUAAAACCCUUCCAAACCUAAAACCCACACUCUCUCCCCUUUCCCUCUACAUCGAGUCCAAUUUGUUCCUUCUCAAGACGGUAGUAUCUGGACUAGAAAUCAAACAAUUCACAGAUCAGAGGAACCUGAAAAACCCUAGAUUCGCAAAAUGUCGAUGUCGAAGAGCUCCAAGAUGCUCCAAUAUAUCAACUAUAGGAUGCGGGUCACCAUCCAGGACGGCCGGCAGCUAGUCGGAAAGUUUAUGGCCUUCGACCGCCACAUGAAUCUCGUCCUUGGAGAUUGCGAGGAGUUUCGCAAGCUUCCACCUGCUAAGGGCAAAAAGAACAACGAGGAGCGGGAAGAUCGCCGUACACUUGGCCUCGUUCUCCUCCGUGGCGAAGAGGUUAUUUCCAUGACUGUCGAGGGCCCUCCUCCUCCUGAAGAGUCUCGCGCUAAGGCUGUUUCUGCUACUGCCGUUCCUGGCCCUGGCAUUGGUCGCGCAGCUGGCCGUGGGAUUCCCACUGCUCCUGUCGUUCAGGCCCAGCCUGGCCUUGCAGGUCCUAUCCGUGGCGUUGGUGGGCCUGCACCUGGCAUGAUGCAGCCACAGCUCUCGCGUCCUCCAGUCCCACAACUUUCUGCUCCGCCUAUGACUUACCCUCCAGCUGCGGCUCCACCUGGUGGUACCGCGCCUGUCAUACGGCCGCCUGGCCAAAUGCCUCCUCCUGGUUAUCCUGGUCAAGCGCCUCCAAUGGGUCGGGGUCCACCUCCACCGGUUCCACCUCAGUUUGCCGCUAGGCCACCACAACAGGGGUACCCAAUGCCGCCACAAUUUGCCCAAAGACCAAUGGGAAUGCCUCCCCAGCCACAGGCACCAAUGAUGAGGGGGCCUCCUCCUCCUGCUCCAAGACCUGGAAUGCAAGCGCCACCUCCUCCUCGUCCUGGGAUGCCUCCUCCAGCUGGUGGUGUUCCUGUUUAUGGACCUCCUCGUCCUGGUAUGCCACCUCCUCUCAAUCCCCAACAGCAGCAGCAGAAUCAGCAGCAACAAUGAUUAGGAUUGCUGCAGUUGAGCUGUGAAAGUUCUCCGAUAAAGUUUGUAAAAGGGUUCUCUCAGGUGGUGAAGUCUUUAUUGGGUUUUGCCUUUGUGCUCUGCAACUUCUAUUUUGAAUUCACUAGGAUUGAACUUUGUGUCCUAUUUUAGUCUAGGAUUUUGUCGUGUUGUAGUAGUACUAUUGUUAUGUUGGCCAAGUGAUGAGGGUUUAAUCAUAAGAUAUAUUAGCACAUAUGAUAAUUUGGCGAAAAAGGCGUUUUAAUUGAACUUUGAUCUGUUUUCGGCUAAAUUAAAGUGGUAAUUUCUGGGA